UCUGCCACCCCGGGGCCCAGCGGUGCGUGUGGGGUUCCAGUCUGCGCAGUUUCCAGAACGUCUGGAGAACAAAAAUCCUGCACAGUGAAUUCUAUGUUGGUAACCACCGAAUCAGCCGAGGGGCACCGGGAAGGUGGAUCAACGCUUUUCGACAGACAGUGUGAAUGAACGCACAGCCCUACAGGUUGUCGGUGACGUGAAAGAAGGUGACUGGGUGCUGAUUAAGACCAUUAAGAAGAAAAUGUGGUCUGAUCCAAAGGGGGACGGUCCAUUCCAAGUGUUAUUGACAACUCCUACCGCUGUGAAAAUCCAAGAGGGGGCUACUUAUACAAAGUACACUGUAAGAGGUGAGCCUGUCAGUCUUUCCACUCAGGCUGGAAAUGAUGAAGCCUGACUACAAAGGGGUUGUUGCCAUCUAGAGGAGGCUUCGUCUCAAUGUCAGUGAAGAAACCAACGGUCUUUCCUAGCUUUUAGGGGUAAGAGAGAGACUGAUAGGUAAAUCUAAAGGAAAGAUGUUGAAACAUUUUUUUUUUUUUUCAUGUGUAUCCUGAUUGUGUUAAUAAUAUGCCAGACAUUACCACAAUUUCAUAAUCACCAGAAAUUAAAGAGGCGGAUACAUGCAGAUUUCCAUGGAAUGUUUAUACAAGAUAUAAAUUACUUGUUUGAGACAAACAGCUGGUACCAAUUAUGAAAAAUUGUAACCAAGUCCAGAAACAUUUCUGGUUGUUAUGUAUGUACUGAACUUCCUAUCUCUUCCAACCAGCCCAGGUUAACAGCUAGACCAGUACCAGCGCCAAGAGAUGAGUGUUUUAUCAGAAACAGCGUUUCUGCUGCCAGUACCAGUUUCUGCAUGGUAAUAGGUAAUGUAACAUUUUACAACUGUGAUGUUACAAAAUUUAAACAGUUUAAUGUUACAACUCCUGUGUCCAUAUGUGGAGCUUCUUGCAGGUUCCUAUUUUUCUCAUUGUGUUGUGGGCACCGGUUCCAUUCCAGUGGGGACUAUUCCAAUGUGCAUGUGUAAAACGACUUACUAUUAUUCUUUACACCAAGCUGGACCACGGGGAAAGGUCCAUGAUCUAAAGGGCACUUAUGCAAUAGAUGGAUUUCACUGGAUGUGUGGAACUGCCAUUUAUUUGCAGUUGCCUCUAAGUUGGAGUGGUGUAUGCACACCUGUAUAUGUCACUGAUCACACUUAUGUCAUUUCAGUUCAACCUUCCCUGAAUAGGAGUAAGAGGGAACUCAUCCGUGUGAAGCCACAUGACACUGUGUGGGGAUCAGAUGUUCCUGACGCAUUUAAGCAUAGAUCAACAGGAAAUAAGAUUUUGCUAAGUUUAUUUCCAUGGUUGGGAGUAGGAAAGAACAUGCUUAGAUUAGAAACUAUAGAUUAUCGACUGGGACUGUUUGUUAAUGCCACCACAAAAGCUCUCACAGGACUGUCCACAGAAGUCACAGCUCUUCGAACCGUGGUGUUGCAGAACAGGAUGGUGUUGGACCUGCUGACGGCUUCAUUUGGGGGAGUUUGCGCUCUCCUGAACGAGAUCUGCUGCACCUACAUCCCUGAUGACACCAACGGCGAAGAUGGACACAUAGUGAGCGAUGCUAUAUGCCAAUUAAAUGAAAUUAAAAGGGGUAUGCAGCAGGAUGUCCAUCCCGGCGGGGGAAGUUUUUUUUUGUGGCUUACUUCAGGACCGUGGUGGCAACUGCUUUUGAAAAUCAUAACCCCUGUCAUCGCUGUGUUAUUGUUGUUCUGCCUUUUUACUCUGUGUGUUAUUCCCUGUAUCAGAGCAAUGAUAUUAAGGAUGGUUGGAGGAAUUGUUGAUACAGUGUUGUCCCAGGAUUACCAACUUCUUGACGAGGACCAGAACUAUGAUGACACUUUGGAGGAGAAGUCACUAAACUUAACAAUAGUUUAAUGUUUAAUGAGGUGUAUACAUAAAGCUUUUGGAAGUGUAUACAUGAAUGUGUUAUUAAACUAAUCAAUAAUAAACAGGAGGGAAUUGUUGGAAAAAAUUAUAUAAGUUAUCAUUGUUUAGUAUAAACUAGGUUUAUGUUUUAAGUUCUA